GUGGAGUCAGUAGUAAAGAGGCAUCAGUCUGAGGAUAACCCAGCAAACUAACAGAUCUCUCAGUCUAGACGUUUCGGGUAAAAUGCCUCCUCAGUCGGAUUUUGUGCCCAAAUCCACCCUUGGGAUCGUACCGCCGGCUACUAGAAAACAUGGAGCAGCUCUUACCGUCGACUUAUGGCUGGAAGAGAAGCAGGAUACAGAUGGUGCAGAAGGACUGUGGAGGGUUCAUGAUAACUUGUACGAUUUGUCGGAUUUCAUCGACAAACAUCCCGGGGGUGACGAAUGGCUUGUAGUGACAAAGGGAACAGACAUCACCGAGGCCUUCGAGGUCCACCACUUAAGCGCAGGCCCAGAAGAACUGCUGAAGAAGUACUUCGUGAGGAAAGCUUCCAAGAAAAGAAACGCACCAUUCACCUUCAAAGAAGACGGGUUCUACAAAACUCUGAAGAAGGAGAUCCAAAAGGAGCUGAAGAACGUCCCGAAACAAGCAUCUAAGAACUCGGUACUCUUCAUUGACGCCUUGCUUUUCCUUUUGUUUCUCUUUUCGGUCCUAACUGUGAGAUACUGGAGCUAUGGAUUGGGGGUGAUAGCAGGAGUACUCCUUGGGAUGGUCACCAUCGCCUCCCACAACUUUAUUCACAGGAAAAAUAACUUCAGGAUGUACUACUUCCAAUUUUCUCUGCAGCAAGUAAGAGAGUUCCGGAUCAGCCACAUUCUAAGCCACCAUCUCCACACGAACACUAUCGAUGACCUUGAAAUGUCCCUUCUAGAACCCCUGCUAGAGUAUCUACCCAUCAACAAGACGCCUUUGAAGCGAUAUGGUCAGGCCUUGGUCAUUGCCCCGUUGGUAUGGCUGACAUUUUUCCAUGCACCGUUUGUAAAGAGGUAUAAGGAAGCUUUAUCCUGCAAGGGCAAGAACUUGAGGAUUACAGACCUGAGCAGUUUCCUCCUGCCCCUUGCUAUGUACCUAUUCGGAGGUCGAUCAUUUUUGGACGCCUUUUGGAUGUGGAACUACGUCCUCGUCGUCGGCGCCUUGCACUUUGGAUUUGUCGGUCUGCACGCUGCCCACCACCACCCGGAUAUCUUCCACGAUGGCGAUGUGCCAAGGUCGACGACGGACUACGACUGGGGUAUCAGUCAAUUGGACGCAGUUAUGGACCGCAAGGAGAUCAGCGGAUCCCACUUCUUGGUGUUAACCAACUUUGGUGACCACUGCCUCCACCACAUGUUCCCCACGUUGGACCACGGCACCCUAGAUUACCUCUAUCCGGUUUUCAAGAAGGUUCUUAACGAUUUCGAUCUCGAUUUGAGGAUGGUCUCUCAGUGGGACACCAUCACUGGGGGCUUCCAACAACUGGUGAAGGUCGAGCCUAACACCGCUCCUCCAGAUCUAAAGAAGUACAAGAAAAAAUAAGUCUAGAAUUAGCCGUAGCGUAGAAACUGAGUUUGUAAAUAUUUGAAAUAUAGUUGAUUUUGGGUUAUCUCUUUUAGAUGACAAAUACAAAAAAAUAACAAAACGUAUCGUCAAUGAUUUUUUGGCUAAUUUGUUAUAUUUUUUUUCGUAAUUGCUGUAACGAUUUUGUUUGUUUGCGUUAGCAGUGGGGUUAUCGCGAUCGUUGAUGUUAUUAUAAAUUAUAUGGUAUAUGCGCAAAAUGAGAUAAGACUUGUUUUAUUGAAGAUAAAUAAAGCUGUAAAUGAUUUA